AAGGCUCUGCGUGAUUUCGAACCCGCUAGCCUCUUGAGCUCAUUUCGUUCUUCCAAUCAGGCACGCUGCGUUCCAGCCAUGCUGGGGUUUCAGUGAUCCUCAGACACAACCAGCACCUUAGACUGUAGCUCGUGCUGUUGCUCUGCUGAACCCUCUGCCCACUGAUCUUCACUUGGCGAACUCAUAACCCAUCUUAAAGCCAUGCCUUUCUUUGAUGUGCAAAAAAGGCUGGGCCUUAACUUAGAUCGAGGGCUGACAAUCCAAAGUGCUGAACAGCCCUACAAGAUUCCUGCUCGAUGCCAUGCUUUUGAAAAAGAAUGGAUUGAAUGUGCACAUGGAAUUGGUAGUAUCCGGGCAGAGAAAGAGUGCAAGAUAGAAUUUGAUGAUUCUAUAGAAUGUAUUCUACGGCUGAAAACGAUGACACGUAUGAAAGCCAUCAAGAAGCAGCGGGAUAAGCUCAUAAAGGAAGGGAAGUACACCCCUCCACCUCACCACCUGGGCAGGGGGGAACCUAGGCCCUGAGCAGAGCAGCUGCUGACGGCUGGAGGCUGAGUUCAUAUUAUCUGUUAUCUAUCAGAAAGAUUGUUUACCAGAAGUCUCUUUGUCGGACUGUGUAAAAAUAAAGGAUUGCUCCAAUCUAAAAAAAAAAAAA